AUGGAUCGAACUUGUAGUAUUGGUUUCUCAAUUAAGCGGAUAGCUGAUUUGAGCCCAUCAGUAUCCCCUGACGGGAAGAGAAUAGCAGUUGCAUCAUUUCAAAGAAAGGCAGGUUGGGAUGGCGAAGUCGAAGAUCUCAACACCAGCAUCCUUGUCAUGAAUGUUGAUCGACCUUUCAACCGCCAACUGGUCGUUAUAGAUGGCGCUUCGCCCUUGGGGAAGCAACAAUGUUCUGUUUUUCCAUUGGCGGUAAAGCUCCAAAAACGUUGGGGCGUGUUUCGAAUUGAACUCGACAAGGGGCUGUCGUCAGAGACUCGCUUGACUCCUGAAGAAAUCAGUGCUAUGACCCCGGUAGCCAUUGACGAAACAAGAGUAGCAGUUGCCACUAUUCGUCAGAGCUUUUCGUUCGACGAGGACGAACUUAGUGAAGAACAAUAUCGACACAUUGAGAUUUUCGAUAUAAGCAAGCCAAAUGAUGAAUACACGGAAAUAACUCGGAAAACUAGACCCAAGGCUGACCAUUUUAAUCCAUUUGUCAUACGUGAGAUUAAUGGAGGAUAUAAUGUUGUUGAGAAAGACUUCUACAAGCUACAGUCACCUGACCCAGAAAUUGGAGUAUUUAGGGUAACGGGAGUAUUUCCAUCAAUAUCAAUUUGUGGGAAAAAGCUUGCAUUUGUUGACAAUGAAUUUAAAGCUGUUUGGGUAGCUGAUAGCAAUGGACUACACAUGGUCUACAAGAGGAAUGACUCAAAUAGCGUAUUUUCUUCAGUGUGGAACCUGAAAAAAGACACGCUCUAUGUAUGUGUUGGACCUUCCUUCAGCACAAGUUCUGCAGUUGAAAUUGCGGCGAUCAUGCGUGUGUCACAACAAAAUAGGACCUUCAAAAAGCUUACUCAAAAACGAUUCAAUAGUGCUUUUCCAUCAAAUAGUCCAGAUGCUUACCUGUUAUUAUGUUGUAUUGUUUCAAGGACGAGACUAGUUUAUCGAUCAACAACAGAUGGACCGAAGAACCUAUACAUAAUGGAGAAUGCAGAGAUAGGGGAAUUCGAUGGGGGCAAGAUAACAAGACUAACUCAAGGAGAUUGGACUGAUACUCAUUGUCAUUGGUCUCCUAAAGGAGAUUGGAUAACAUUCUCAUCAAAUCGAGCAAAUCCAACCGCUACAGCAGCAGAAGACUUACCCGAUCCAGGCUACUUCGCAGUGUACCUUAUCAAGGCAGAUGAUAAAGAUGUGGUGAUUAAAGUCAUUGAUAGUGGGUUAACUUAUAUUGGUGAUCUAUUUCCUGGGCAUGUAAACCAUCCAUUCUUUAGUCCUGAUGGUAAGAGUCUAGUUAUAACAGCUGAUCUUGCUGCUGUUUCGUGCGAUCCUGUAUCGAUGCCUCUGUUCUUGCACUCUGUUAGACCAUAUGGAGAUAUCUUUAUUGUUGAUAUUGAUCCUGAUGAUAUUACCAAGAAUGAGAAUUUGACGAAGUUUAUUCGUAUUACACAUAGUAGGUAUGAAAAUGCGACUGCUACUUGGACUAUGGCCUCGGCUAAAGACUUGCUUGCUAAAUGGAAUGUGCGCAUUGCUGGGAAUGAGGGUACUAGCAAGUAUAAACCUGAAUGCCCUUAUGUGCAUAGUGGUGGAGCUGAAAGUGCUCAUAUGACCGGUCACCUUUGCUUGCGUGAUAAGCGUUGUUGUUAA